AUGGUUCCAGAUCUGGCUACAGGCUGCACCUCCGUCCGGAGGAUGAUGUCCAAGUCAUUCGAAUCAUUGGGUCACUUUAAGAAUGCAUUUCCCGACUCUGCCGUAUGGACUUUGAUGCAAUUUCGAAGCUACAUGCAUUACACCACUUUUUGUCAUGGCUUGAAUGUCGACCCGAACGACCUGACAGAAGACAUCAAUGGACAUACGUACUACCGUUGGUGCACGCAUUACGCGCCUGCUGAGGACUGUGACGACAUUGUUUUCUAUGAGGAGCGAGAUGAUUGCCACGUUUAUUUCUAUCGUGGCAUGCUGUACAAUAACCAGCAGAUGCUAAUGCUCCUCCGCCCUUCACCUGUGUCACAAGUGGGCGUUACCAGGGUUUUCAGUGCUGAGGAUUAUGUGCCCAUGGUGAAAGGAAUUACCAAUGCUGUUUUUUCAAGUGAGGACUACGGGAAAGAGGCAUCCCGGAUCUUGGUGUUCACAAUAACCGCCACCAUAUCGGAGUUAGACAUGCAAAUUGGCAUGCAAGAUCUUGAAUGUAAGAUGAGCUGA